AUGGCGGACGUGGAUGUCGAGGCGACUCGAAUCUACAGGAGACUGGUCGAUGAUCUCCUCGAUCGGGCUGAGCGCGUGAAACCGGACAAGCAGAUCGAGCCUCCGUUGACCGAAGCGCAGUUGGGCGAGUCGAUAUGGCAGGUGCAGGGAGACGACGCACAGGUGGUGGAUCGAAUGAACCAACAGACGCAAUUAGCUGCUGUUGAAAUUGCUUUCAGGGAGAAAUUCUACAGCGUUCUUGCGACAACAUCGAUCGAUGAUCUUGGUUAUAUUCAGAUCUGGAAUUUGCUUGACAUCGUCUCUAUUUUCUCCGAUAAUGAACAAUGCGAACCUGGUCUGAUUUUCUGGCUAAUUGAGGAGCUCCUUGAUAGCCAGACAAUCGAUGGAUGUCGAAAGGUCUUUGACUACCUGGAGUCACGCAGGGAGCGCAACACAAAGAAACACUUCAAGCAGAAGAGUCUAGUCAUCCUUCGAUCGUGUAACGAAUUACUCCGACGGCUGUCUCGAGCAGAGGAUACGGUUUUCUGUGGACGAGUGUUCAUUUUCCUCUUCCAGAGCUUCCCACUUGGCGAUAAAAGCGCUGUCAACCUUCGGGGCGAAUACCACACUGAAAAUGUCACGACCUUCGAUGAAAACACCAAGACAGCAUCGAAAGAGAAUGAGGCGGCAGACAUUGAGAUGACGGAUCAGAAGGAAUCUGAGGAACAGAAGGCCGAGAAAGAUACCCAGCAACCGUCUGGUGACCAAGAGGCCCCGAAGACCCCGAAGGUCGUCGUAUCGGAUAAUACCAACAAAGAGCCCGAGAAGAAGGUUGAUCUGGAUGCACUAUACCCGAUGUUCUGGGGUUUGCAAGCAUACUUCUCAGCACCAACCAGGAUGUUUGAUCCUCAGCACUUUGCGACUUUCAAGACCGGACUUGAGUCGACACUCUCGACUUUCAAGAACAUCAAAACGGAUCUUGAAAGCCAAAGCAGCAAAUCAGCAGAAGAGCUGCGCAAGGCGAUGAAGCGGAAGCGCACGCCGGAUGAUACUGAGAUCGCAAGCAGUUUCAACCCGAAGUAUCUUACCAGCAGAGAUCUGUUUGAUUUGGAGAUCAAUGAUACAGCGUUCCGGAGACACGUCCUUGUGCAGGCCCUAAUCCUUUUGGACUUUAUGCUCUCCCUUACACCAAAGGCCAAAGGCCGUCUAGCCGACUUGACCAACAAGUCCGUGCUUUAUGGCUUUGUGCUGAGUGACGAAGAUGCCAAAUGGGCAACCAAAAUGCGAAAGGCGAUCGAGGAAUACCUCCAGGAAGGAGCGGGAGGCAAAUUCUACUACCGUAUGGUCGACACAGUCCUCUCGCGGGAUAAGAACUGGGUCCGGUGGAAAGCCGAAGGCUGUCCGCUGAUCGAGCGGCCUCCCGUGUCGGUAUCCGAGUACGUCGCUGCCCGAGAGCAAGCGUCCAAAACAUAUUCCAACAAACGACUCCGCCCUUCGCCCAUGGGAUCCCUCGAUCUAAAGUUCCUGUCCGAAGGCGAGGCACUGGCUAGUCUUGACCGACUCAAGGAGCCAAACCGGUUCAACGUCCCGACGGCAGACUCGUUCAUGAUGGGCAUCAUGGAUGACGAACUUGAUAUUGAUAUGGCGCAGUCAAAGGAGGAAAAGGAUAACGCUUUACGGUCGAAGGCGAGCAAAACAUGGCGGAUACUGCGUCUGUCAUCACGGAAUAAGCUAGCUGCGUUCGACAAGAUUGAUGAUGGAAAGAACCUGAAGGCGUUGUUUGAGGAUCCUUCGCCGCCAGAAUCUGAAAAGGGAGCAGGAACGUCCCAGUCGCAGACGCAGGCACAGACACCAGCACCUGAACAGGCGCAAACUCAGGAACAGAAUCAAGACCAAGCACAAGAGCAGACCCAAGAGCAAACGCAAGAACAGACACAAGAGCAAGCACCGGAGCAAACAUCGCAGGAACAAGCUUCAGCACCCGAGACUGCCCCAGCGCCAGAGCAGACAUCAUCACAAGAGCAGACAUCUGCACCCGCACCAGAACAAACAAUGGAAGAAGUGGCUACGGAGACUAAAGAAGGCGGAAAUGGCGGUAACAAUGACCAGGGUCACGAGUCGACCGGUGGCGAAGCCACUACUGCAGUCCCAGUCACUGAAAGCCAAGAAGAGCAAGAUACAACGAUGACCGACUAG